GGCGCUCGGUGCUCCCGACGCCGACGCGUUUGACGCUGCGGUGGCUGCCAUGUUGGACGCCGGGGUGGCCAUUACUCCGGCUGCCGCAGCACCUGCCGCAGCGGACUGCUGCAGGGAGUUCUGCGCAGUCGGCUGAGCUCCGCUCGAAACACCGUUGCUGUCUCCGCCACCAGGCCCCAGCUGCGGGUUGGGUCGCCUCCCCGCUCCCUGUGCUCCGCCUCCCGCACCGGCCGCUCCGCCGUUGGACGCUGGCAUGGAGAAAACGCUGUUGCUGGGCUGGCUGUUUCCCAAAGGACCCGGACCGGAGAAAUUAAGGCAAGGAGGCCUACCGCUGUUGUCUCCAGCAGCCAUCUUGAACCGAGUGUAGGCGUAAACAACACUCUUCGUCGCUUUAAGUAUUUCUAGUACUCGACAGUCACAGCUGCCCCCUGGCGUCUGUUAUUGGUACUAGGCUACUACGUGCUCUCCUGAGCGUGAGGUCCAUUUCCCCCUCACACCAGUAUUUACUCUAUAGCAAACACGCCUGUUUCUGAUUGAUUAUAUCUAAAGUAUGCUAUUAACUUUUAGGGUUAUCUCUAGGCACAAUCAUUAGCUUUGGUAGUCCCUGUUUUAAAUAUCCCCACUGAGGAGAGUUCGGAAACUGUCUAUUAGAGUCCAGACCUCGGCCCAUAACUCUCCCAAGUGCAUUCAUUGGGCACAACUGGCCAGAUCACAUUUCAACUCAGGAUGCCUUUGAUAAAGGAACAAUGUAAAUCUUUGACCCAGCGUGCUACCAAUGAUUCCAUGAUACCAUAUCAUCAUCAAUGCUGACUGUCAAUUAAUAUAUGAAAGUGGCUUAUAUGCAUGUUAUUGCAGCUGCAGCAGCAAUCUCCCCAGCUAUUGUUAAAAAACAAAUAUUUUGAAGGUGUUCUAGUUGACUUAACAAAAUAUAAGAAUACAAGUAUAGGAUUGCAUGAAACAAGCAACUCUUUUAUCCCAGUUCACCUACAUUUCUUCAACAGAAAGCGUGCAAAAUUUCACUGAGACUUUGGUUCUAGCAAACAUAUUACAAAUUACUGCUUGCCUUAUUAAGCCAACAAAUUACUUUGAAACAUAAAAAAAUAAUAAAUACUAUUUUCCUUAUCUUCCAUAUACUUUCCAUGAGAUCUAUGUUGUAAUAUUUGUGGAAACUGCAAUCUUUGGUGGGUAAAUAUUAGGCUACACUUAAUACACAGCAAGUCAACAGACAUUACUUAAUAUUAUUAUUUUCAGGACUGUAAGAACAAUGAGGUCAUGUACUCUGUAUUUUUUUCUGGGAACGUGAGGGGACUUUACAUUCUACAAUUACAACUACAUAAUUUGGUUCACGUAGGCUGAUUCCAGUAGUUUAAUUGAAUCGUAUUACCUGCAGAUCAAUCUAAAAUAAUCCACCCUAUAAUAAUGUUAUCCCUGGUAGAAUGAGGCUCAGAAAGAAGAUUUAGUCCGUCGUAUGGGAAAUAAAUAUGUAAUUUGAAAAAUGGGGGAUUAGGACUCAUGACCUCAAGCAUUAUUAAGAAUCAGAAUGUGUUUGGCCCUGGCUAUUAUUAUAUAUUCCGGUCAAACAUGUGUUGACAUGCAGUUAAAAUGUGAAUUGAUUGCAGAGAUGUAAAGUGUAAUUGAAUAAAUACAAUAAUACAUUAAAUUAAGUUGACAAAGCUGGGUAUAUUAGAUAAAAAAACAACUUUUUCUAAAAUGCUUUGUAACUUUGAAAACAAUGAAUGAAAUUCCUUGAAGCCAUCAUUGAGUGCACCAGACCGGCCAGGCCGGUAUUAAUUCAGCCCCAUCCCGUCUGUGUCUCCUCGCGGUCACCCCACCGCGAGCCCCCCCUUUCUCUCUCCGCCUGCUUCUCAUCAACCGUGACGUCAGGGCGGCGCGGGGGAACUGUCCUCGCGCGGAGGGUGCUGCUGCUGCUGCUGCUGAAACAAGAUGGCUGUGCGCGCAGGAGGAGCAGAGGAGAGCUGAGGCAAUGCAGAGGAGGAAGAAGAGGGGGGCGAGGAUUUCACUCUCUUGUGUCUUGUCCUGUCAAAAGAGCAACGGUUCUGCAGCGCGAGGGACGAGCGGUUCUGACAUGAUACUAAUUGGCUUCCGGUACCAUUUAGGGUAACGGUUGGGCGGGUAAAGGUGUUUUUUUUUUUUGUAACCAAGAGACGAACGGACUAACCAAACAAAUCACGGAGCUCUCAGUAGAGGACAGCCGGGGACGCUCACACCGCUACCAGAGAUGUCCCUGCUAUGUGUGGGAGUGAAGAAAGCCAAGCUGGAUGGACCCCAAGAGAAAUUCAACACUUAUGUGACUCUAAAGGUACAAAAUGUGAAGAGCACAACCAUUGCUGUCAGGGGCAACUUGCCCAGCUGGGAGCAAGACUUCAUGUUCGAAAUUAACCGCCUGGACCUGGGUCUGACAGUAGAGGUGUGGAACAAAGGGUUGAUCUGGGACACCAUGGUUGGCACCGUGUGGAUUCCCCUCCAUAGCAUCCGGCAGUCAAAUGAGGAAGGUCCGGGGGAGUGGCUCACACUGGACUCUCAGGUCAUCAUGACUGAUAAUGAGAUCUGCGGCACCAAAGAGCCCACUCUCCACCUGGUGCUGCUCGACACGCGCUUUGAACUGCCCCUCGAUAUCCCUGAGGAUGAGGCACGAUACUGGGCUAAAAAACUGGAGCAGCUCAAUGCCAUGAGGGACCAAGAUGAGGAGCAGGAACGCCCUCUACGUGUACCAGGAACCCAGUGCUGUAACUGGAGUCUAUGGGGAGACCAACAAAAUGAAGACCCAGACAGUGCUGUGGACGACAGGGACAGCGACUAUCGCAGUGAAACCAGUAACAGCAUCCCCCCUCCCUACUACAGCACAUCCCAGCCCAACGCCUCUGUCCACCAGUAUCCCAUCAGCCAACAGCACCGCAGCUCCAGAAGCCUCUCUUACCCACAAUCUGGCACCAGCCAAGACCUCGACUACCAACAUCAGAGGACUGUCAGUCCGUCGGGGAGCUAUGCAUCGUCUGCAGAGCUGAGUCGGUGCAGCAGUCAGCUGAGCGAGGAGGACUACGGUGUCGAGUAUGGAGAGAGAGACCCUUACGACGAGAACGACUCUUACCACUCCUGCCACUCCUCGGUCAGCUGCAGUAAAGGCUCUCCAGACUGGGACCCUGAUGAGACCCAGGGGGCGUACAGCGAUGAGGGUGGCUACAGCAAAGACGGAGGAGAGGAGGCGGCUCUGUACGAGGAGGACGGAGGACUGUAUGAGGGAGAAGAGGAGGGCCUCUAUGAGGAUGAGGAGAUGAUUUAUGAAGAGGAGGAUUUGUACAACUUGGAUGGGACCCUCAGUGAGGACAUGGAGCCUCCGUUUACCCCGACCCCAACGUCAACAGCCCCCCCAACUCUGGAUGUACCCAGCUCCAGACCUCCUCUGGAGAAACAGCCAUCUUUACACCAACAGCAGCACCCUACUCAACCCCCCAACCAAACAUCCAACCAGUCUCAUCCACCUGGCGUGGCCCCGUCAGCACAGCCCCCCUCUGGUCAACCAACAGCCCAACCACCUAAACAGCCCCAACCACAGCCGCAGCCACAGCCAGCCCCAUCUGCCACUUCCUUCUUCUCAAUGGCCAAACCUCUAACUGCUGCCGUCACAGGCUUGGCCUCUACUUUCUUGUCUUCUGUUCCCACCGGGCAGCCUGCCCAGUCUCACCCUCCAGCCUCCGCCGUAUCUCAACAACACCAGUCUGCUGCAGCCAGUGUUGUCCCUCCAUCCCACCCUGCCAAUGCGGCUAACUCGGCCUCCCAGCCCCCCUCGACUGCCGUGGGCCCUUCCUCCCAACAGACCCAGUCCCCUGGGCAGCCUCAAUCCCAUCUCAAUGGUGCUGCCACCACCGCACAGCCGGCUGCCCCUGAGGACCAGGCUCUCCAGCUGGAGGAAGAGCCAUGGUUAGAGGAGGAAAUGAUGUUGGAAAAAGAGGCCAGGACGCCCCCCGCUCAGCCAGAGGAGGCGUCCCCCAUGGAGGAGAAAGAGGAGCAUUCCGAAGAGAGCAGGCCGUCGACACCACUAGAGGAAGACGAGAUGCUGCCUGAAAGUCCUCCAGUCAUAGAGGAGCCCAAAGAGCCAGUGGAUCCAACAGUCAGAGCCAAAGAGAACUGGCUAAGGCUCUACAAUAAAGUCCUAGAACAGCUUCGGGAGGCUCGAGGAGAGACCUCCAGCUCGCUGUGGUUUGGUAAAGGAGGGGUGGGAGGUGCACUGUACAGUAUUGACAGCAUGCCUGACCUUCGCAAGAGGAAAGCCAUUCCUCCAAUCAGAGAUCUGCUGAUGUCUCUAGUGCAGAGCUCUCGCAAGGCUGGAAUCACCUCCGCCAUGGCUUCCACCACUCUCGGCAAUGAAGAGCUGAAAAGUCAUGUCUAUAAAAAGACCCUGCAGGCUCUGAUCUACCCGAUCUCCUCCACUACUCCACACAACUUUGAGGUGUGGACGGCCACCACGCCCACCUACUGCUACGAAUGCGAGGGGCUGCUUUGGGGUAUCGCCCGACAAGGCAUGCGUUGCUCUGAGUGCGGCGUCAAAUGCCACGAUAAGUGCCAAGAUCUGCUCAAUGCCGACUGCCUGCAGCGAGCUGCAGAGAAGAGCUCCAAGCACGGGGCAGAGGAUCGAACCCAGAACAUCAUCAUGGUCCUGAAAGACCGCAUGAAAAUCCGAGAGAGGAACAAACCAGAAAUCUUUGAACUAAUCCUGGAAGUGUUCGCCCUCGACAAAACAACGCAUGGCACGCAAAUGAAACAAAUCAAGCAGAGCGUGCUUGAUGGGACCUCCAAAUGGUCAGCGAAGAUCAGCAUCACCGUGGUUUGUGCUCAAGGCCUGCAGGCGAAAGACAAAACUGGCUCCAGUGACCCUUAUGUAACUGUUCAAGUCGGAAAGACCAAGAAGAGAACCAAGACCAUCUAUGGAAACCUCAACCCUGUCUGGGAAGAAAACUUUCACUUUGAAUGCCACAACUCGUCGGACCGUAUCAAGGUCCGCGUGUGGGACGAGGAUGACGACAUCAAGUCCCGCGUGAAACAGAGGUUCAAACGUGAGAGCGAUGACUUCCUGGGCCAAACCAUCAUCGAAGUCCGGACUCUGAGUGGGGAGAUGGACGUUUGGUACAACCUGGACAAGAGAACUGAUAAGUCUGCUGUGUCAGGAGCCAUCCGGAUGCACAUAAGUGUGGAGAUCAAAGGAGAGGAGACGGUUGCUCCUUACCAUGUCCAGUACACCUGUUUACAUGAGCAUCUGUUCCAGUACACCACUGAGGAGCAGAAUGGCGGCGUAGUAAAGAUCCCUGAUGCCAAAGGGGACGAUGCCUGGAAGGUGUAUUUUGAGGAGACUCCUCAGGAGAUAGUGGAUGAGUUUGCCAUGAGAUAUGGAGUAGAGUCCAUCUACCAGGCCAUGACCCACUUUGCCUGCUUGUCAUCUAAGUACAUGUGCCCGGGAGUGCCGGCUGUGAUGAGCACCCUGCUUGCCAACAUCAAUGCUUACUACGCCCACACCACCCAGUCCUCCAACAAUGUUUCUGCCUCGGACAGAUUUGCUGCAUCAAACUUUGGCAAGGAGAGGUUUGUCAAACUGUUGGAUCAGCUGCACAACUCGCUGAGGAUUGACCUGUCCAUGUACCGGAAUAAUUUCCCUGCCAGCAGUCCUGAAAGACUACAAGACCUCAAGUCUACAGUUGAUCUCUUGACAAGCAUCACAUUCUUUCGGAUGAAGGUUCAGGAGUUGCAGAGUCCCCCCAGGGCGAGCCAGGUGGUGAAGGACUGUGUGAAAGCCUGUCUUAACUCCACCUACGAGUACAUUUUUAACAACUGCCACGACCUCUACAACAGGGAAUAUCAGACAGACCCUUCAAAGGCAGUCCCUCCAGAUGAGCAGGGCCCCAGCACCAAGAACCUGGACUUCUGGUCCAAACUUAUCACCCUCAUCGUCUCCAUCAUAGAAGAGGACAAAAACUCCUACACUCAUUGCCUUAAUCAGUUUCCCCAGGAACUGAACGUGGGCAGGAUCAGCGCUGAAGUCAUGUGGAACAUGUUUGCACAAGAUAUGAAAUACGCCAUGGAGGAGCAUGAGAAGAACCGCCUGUGUAAAAGCGCAGAUUACAUGAACUUGCACUUCAAGGUGAAGUGGCUCUACAAUGAGUACGUCAAGGAGCUGUCCACUUUCCAGAAGCACGUACCUGAGUAUCCUGCCUGGUUUGAACCAUUUGUCGUCAUGUGGUUGGACGAGAAUGAAGAAGUGUCCAGAGAUUUUCUGCAUGGAGCCUUGGAGAGGGACAAAAAAGACGGGUUCCAGGUUACAUCGGAGCACGCUUUGUUCUCCUGCUCAGUGGUAGACGUGUUCUCUCAGCUCAAUCAGAGUUUUGAAAUCAUCCGCAAACUGGAGUGUCCCGACCCUCAGAUCGUUGGCAACUACAUGAAGAGAUUUGCCAAGACCAUUGGAAAUGUCCUGCUGUCUUACGCUGACAUCAUUGCAAAGGACUUUCCAAAUCAUGUCAAGAAGGAGAAAGUGCCAUGUAUCAUCAUCAAUAACAUCCAGCAGCUCAGAGUUCAGCUGGAGAAGAUGUUUGAGGCCAUGGGAGGCAAAGACCUAAACCUGGAGGCCAGUGACUUCCUCAAGGAGCUGCAGAACAAACUCAACAGCGUUAUGGACGACCUCAGCCGCAUCUUUGCUGUCAGUUUCCAGCCACAGAUCGAGGACAACGUGAGGCAGAUGGGAGACAUCCUGGCCCAGGUCAAAGGUCAGACCGUCCCGGCCAACGGCAGCGUGGUUCAGGAGGCCGACAACGUCCUGCAGCCCAUCAUGGACUUCCUGGACAGCAACCUGUCGUUGUUCGCUAAGAUCUGUGAGAAGACCGUCCUGAAGAGAGUGCUGAAGGAGCUGUGGAAACUAGUGAUGAAUACGAUGGAAAAAACGAUUGUGCUUCCAACGCUCACUGACCAGACGGGCACUCAAAUGAUCUUCAACGCCGCUAAGGAGCUGGGGCAGCUCUCCAAGCUCAAGGAGCACAUGGGCCGAGAGGAGGCCAAAGCUCUGAGUCCUAAACAGUGUGCAGUGAUAGAGCUGGCGCUGGACACUAUUAAGCAAUACUUCCAUGCCGGCGGUGUGGGCCUGAAGAAGACGUUCUUGGAAAAGAGUCCAGACCUGCAGUCUCUGCGCUACGCCUUAUCUCUGUACACCCAGGCCACAGACAAGCUCAUCAGGAAGUUUGUCCUCUCACAGAGCGCUCAGGUCCACGGAGGGAAAGGGCUCAGGUGCACGGCGAAUGAAGACACACCGCCAGAGAAAGCAUCUGGAGUGGAUGCAGUUGGCGAGGUGGUCAUGUGCGUGGACAUUUUGCCCCAGCCUAAUGGAGAGCACAAGAUUAAUGUCAAAGUGGUGGCUGCUAAUGACCUGAAGUGGAAGGCUCAGGGCUUCAGGCCCUUCGUGGAGGUCUACAUCAUCGGCCCUCACCUCAGCGACAAGAAGAGGAAAUUUGCCACAAAGUCCAAGAACAACACCUGGUCACCCAAGUUCAUUGAGAGCUUCCAGUUCUCCUUGGGCACUGAGGUUGGUCCGGAGAGCUACGAGCUGCAGGUGUGUGUGAAGGACUACUGCUUUGCCAGAGAGGACCGCACUGUGGGCAUGUCCGUGGUGCAGGUGAAGGACAUAGCCAGCAAGGGCAGCGUCACCCUCUGGAUGCCGCUGGGCAGACGUGUCCACAUGGACGAGACGGGCCUGACGGUGCUGCGCAUCCUCUCCCAGCGCAACAACGACGACGUGGCGAAAGAGUUCGUCAAGCUCAAAUCGGACCAGCGCUCGGCUGAGGAGGGCCGUAGUUGAGGGGGACACACGCGUGUGCACACCAGAGACAUAGUAGGCUAUUCUGCACACCUGUAAUAGUCCCACCUACAUCGAUAAACAACUGUGUGCAAUACACAAGCACACACAUGAACAUCCUCUAUUGUACAUAUACCUGCAUACAUUAUGCAACAUUCACAUUAUCAAUGCAAACAUGAAGGAAUAUGUUUAUAAAUAUUCAUAUUUCAUUUUGAAUAUUUCAUCAGCUCGACUCAAAGCUUUCAGUUUCGGGUUAGUCUCACAUUAGCGAGCACUUGUCUAACCCUUCGCUCAAUCUUUUCCAUAACACAUCGCACCUUUUUAUACGCUGUACAUUUAGAUGUGAUAUAAUGCAGAACAACAACUAAACCAUGUGAAGGACGACCACUUUGCACUUUUGCUUCUCCGUGUCUUCAGGAGAGCUGUCCUUGCAUCGCUGUGCUCUCCGUCCGUCCGUCCGUCUGCUUGCCUGCCCAACUGUGUGUCGUUCUCCCAGUACGUUGGUCUUUCUCCCCCCCACCUCUCCUCCCCUCCUCGUCGUCUGCUCUCGGUAGUCUUCCUCCCGGUGAGAUGUGUUGCGUAGGUUGGAGUUCAGGCACAGAUCUAUGAUCAGCUCGCUUUUGCCCAAAAAAUCGAGGUAACGUCACUUCUAGUCUGUCCCUAAAUGUCCUGCAUGUUGACCCCAGGAACACUGUGAUUCACUUUGCUGCAAACACGGCGACCGUACCCCCUCCCACAUAAAAGUUGGGGGGCCUUCAAUAUUUUCCCUGUGUGCGCAUGGUGCAUAUAUCCCCCUGGUGUAAUACGGUUUUAUAAUUAUGACCUGACUAACUGUCAUUAUCACGGAGUGGGAACAUGCUGAGCCUGAUAUGUGUUGAUAAAGAAGAAGGUAGUGGCCACAAUGUGCUUCUUCUUUAUUUUUUAUUUUUCACUCUUCUUGCUUGACGUCACAACAAACGAAGCAAUACCCCAGUGUCUAACACAUCCACUCCCCUAGAGUGCACAUUAACUCCAAAAAGGGCUACAGGAUUAGUGGUCUGGGAUGUUUGUUUACGCACUAACACAUACUGUCCACGCUUCUUUUGGCAAAUUGACCCCAACGUUUCCCCUCGUGCCCCCUCGUCUACCUUCUCUGCCACAGAGACACCGUCACACAGAGAGUCUUUCACGAGUGACACUAUGGAGGAAGCCCAAAGGACACGCGAUGUAGGACGACACUCCUCCCGAUUGCCUGCACACUAAACCCAUCUCUUUAAGGCAAUAGUGGUUUGUUUAUAUGUCCACGGAACCUCGUGGUUUUUACGAAGAACAAACCCCCUGAGAACACUGUUGUGUCUUUUGUUAUUGUGUGCGUGCGUGCGUGCGUGCGUGCGUGUGUGUGUGUGUGCGUGUGUGUGUGUGUGUGUGUGGGCUGAUUGUCACACCUGGCAAAAUGGGAUUCGCGAUUGUGAGCAAUAUAUUCUAUUUGCACACCUAAAUGUAUGCGCUGUCAAUAUAAAUACAGGAGCACCAACUGCAAUAUCCAGAUCCAAGGAAUGGGAAAGUUAUCAUCAUUUUUUUAAAAUUAUUAUUUUAGCUAUGGACUCAUAAAAUCUCCAUUCCCGCUGGAAGUGUGUAAGCUUGUUCUCACAUUCUUUUGGAUAAGAAAGAAAGUGUUUUGUCUUUGAAUUCCUAUUUGCCUUUAGGACCAAAUUUGCACGAACCAUAGAGCUCAUUUUAUUUCUCAAAUAAAGAAGCCAUCGGAGUCACCGCCAAGCAUUUCUGUUGUUUUCAGUCUCGUCAUGUAAUGAACCCCUUUUACUUUUCACUGCAAGAAAAGUGAGCAAACACUCACAGUCCUCGUCCAGCUCGUUUGUAGACUCUAUGUGAAACUUAAUGAUGUCAGUGACGGUGAGGUUUCCCUGUCGCUGUGUAGAGCCACACCGACUGUCACUGCUGGCCUGUCACAUGUUGUCUUUACUGUUGAACUCUACCAAAAACAAAACUUUUGAAUGUUAUUUCUCCUCAGCGGAGCCUUCUUUUUACGAUCAAAGGGACGGUUAAAUCCAAAACCACGACUAGCUUGGGGACACCGACUCCACAUUUCAUUUACAUAAAAUGGAUCAUUUUGGGUGAACUAGCCUUUUAAAAAAGAGCUUCACACCACAUUUAACACAUUGUUUUUACGAGUUUAUUAAGUCAUUCAAGACAAAACUUGAAAUGUCAGGUUGUAGCUGAAAAAAGCAACAACAAAAACAUUUGUAACCGAUCAUCCAGUUUCGGGCUCGUUGGUUGCCUGCUUCGUGUAUGUACGCACACACAUACACACACUGCACACACACACACACACCGAUCUCUGCUCAAGCACAAAAGGGCACAUGUAAGAUGACACAUGCAUGUAUGCACGCCGACAACUCCGUGGAGACCAAUGACGCCCACCCUGUGAAUAGAACCUACUUACAACUGCAUGAUGGGAAACUUUAUCGUGCCAGCACGUGUCUCUUUGAUGUAACUUUUUCAUUUAUUUUUAAUUUCCAUAGCUAUGUAAUGAUAAGUCAUCAAUGUUUUUUUUUUUUUCAAAAAGCUUGUGAAUACGUCAUCUGUAACCAAUAUGAAUGUAGUGUCUACACAGAACUGGCAUGAGAGAAUUAUUUUCUACAAAGGAUGUUUCUAAUUUGUUUCUUAUCAUUAUCGAUCGUUCUUUAAUGAGGAGAAAGGGGAACUGGAAUGCAGCCUGGUUGUGAUCUGCUUCCUAUUAAAGGGACAUUUGUGUCAUGAUCUACA